GCUUGCUCCUCAAAACGAACAAGAAGAUCCCAAAUGUAGUGGGCCCAGCGCGGUGCCUGAUCUCUCCCUCGCGAAGGAUCGGCACCACGAGGAGCACCUUCACCGUCAAUACCAUUAUCGUCCUCACUUCGGAGAGCACCGCCGGGGCAGAGCGAGAGCCCCAUUGAAGCUUCGCUCAUGGCAGCUCCUCCUCUGCUUCUGAGGAGCAUGCCGGUUCUCCGCCUCCGGCUCCACGUCCACCGCCGCCUCUUCGCCGGAGGUCUCCGUCCGCUGUGCGGCGGCGGCGGGGGCGGCGGCCUGCUCGACCGAGUCGGCUUCGCAGGGGAGAAGGUGUUCCCCGACGACAAGGGGGGCACGGCGUCGUUGAGCACCAAAGAGAGGCCAAAGUACCGCAGGUGGGACGAUCCCGACUACAGGAAGUGGAAGGAUAAGGAGGAUGAGAUUUUGAGAGACAUCGAGCCCAUAGUCUCGCUCGCCAAAGAGAUUCUCCACUCCGAUAGGUACUUGGAUGGGCAACGACUGACAGCUGAAGAUGAGAAAGCUGUUGUAGAGAAGCUUCUCAAGUAUCAUCCACAUGCUGAAGACAAAAUUGAUUGCGGACUUCAUUACAUAAUGGUUGAGCGACAUCCCCAGUUUAGAGUGUCAAGGUGUCUGUUUGUUGUAAGAACCAAUGGUGCAUGGAUAGAUUUCUCAUACCAGAAGUGUCUCCGAGCGUAUAUCCGAUCAAAGUAUCCGUCUUAUGCUGAAAGAUUCAUCCGGAAACAUUUAAAACGCGGCAGUGAUUAAUGCAUGUAGAAGACUUGUGCUUCAUACUGUGAGUUUGACAGCAGUUUUGGAAUCACUAUAGGUAGUUGGCUCAUAUAAAAUAUUCCGAAUGGCCGUGAGGCUAAAGAAAUGCUCAUGCACCUUAGACAAUGUCAUUAGUCAAUGGAGCAGAUACUGCUUUGACCGGCACUUCAAGUUCAACUGUUUGUUCACAUGUGGGGACAAGGAACAUGAUUGAAGGUGAACUCUACUUUUUCUUUUUGGUUGGCGUUAGGACUUGUCUUCGGUAGUAAAUUGGUAGUUAGCCCCUCUCUCUCUCUCUGGAUUAUUUUGUCUGUAAAGGGACAUCAUGAGUGCUACAUAGGGUCAAAUGCUGUUGACUUAUAUGAAUAGAUGAUGUAGAAACUACCUUAAUCAAUGAUGGUUCAAGGUUGAUGCUUGAUUA